GGGGCGCAUCUUCUUAGGUAGCGAUAUGAAGCGUAACACCUGAACCUCUAGCGGUCUCUCACAGACCGUCAUGGCGGCCGGACGUGGGGAGUUUUUCCGGAGUUUAUUAGACGGUUUGGAGAGGACUCGAACCCCACAGGUUUCAGGUGGACAACAGCCGGGUCCGGGUAGAGGACGGCCGGGUCCGGGUAGAGGACGGCCGGGUCCGGGUAGAGGACGGAGGAAGUGGCCGCCGAGGGGACCGGUCAGCGGGAGUGACCGCAGCUGCCGAGAACCGAAAACAAAGGAUCAAGAAAAUAUUCCAAAAAAGAGUACGUCUCCAUCCCAGGAAAACACUGUAGAAAGGCUGCCGUCUGAGAUCCUGAUAAAGGUCCUGUCCUACCUGGACGCCUCCUCGCUGUUUUGCGUCAGCUACGUCAGCAAACUCUUCAACCAGCUCGCCAACGAUGACGUUGUGUGGCAUAAGAUCUACAUGUCGGAGUUUGGGAGUCAAACAUGGAAGCCGAAGGCGGCUGAUGAUGCUGCGGUUGACACGGUGGAGGUGGGACAUCGUUCGGCAGGGCACUGGAAGAGGAUGUACUUCAGGACCAUCGCAGGGCAGGAAGUGAACAAAUGGAGGAGAGAGCUGAGGGACAUCAGCCCGUACACGGGGCUGCCCAGGCAGACCGAGUGGGUCCUCAG